AAUUUCUUUUUUGUAUAUCAUUCUAUUAUUUUGUUUUUCUUACAAAAUUAAAUUACAGUCAAAUCCAAAAAUUUACUAAUCCUAACUAAUCCUCACAUAAACAACCAACUAAUAAUUUUCUUCACAAAUAAUACCACCACCGUCACCAAAACCCCGAACUACCUCUCACCCUAAAACACAACCAUCAAAAAUUCACACCAAAUCACAAGGGCAUUUUAAUCAUUUUUCAAAAAAAAUCCCACCUACUAGAUCACGUGUCACCUUUCCAUUUCAUGCAAUUAAAUUUAUUUUCCACUAUAUAAAAAUGUAGUGGACUAUAAUCUUCUUUCUUUCUUCCUUUCAUUUUCUCUCUCUUUUACCAUUUUCUCUCUCCUAAAAAAAACCAAAAACCAAAUGUCAGAAUCCAAAACCAAAACCCCAAAAAACCCCUUCACUUCAUCACCUUCUUCUUCCUUAUCUCUUCUUAUUACCAAAGAAAAAAUGGCAACUGAACUUCCAGAAUAUUUCAAAUGCCCCAUUUCUCUCGAUAUAAUGUCCGACCCGGUUAUCCUCUCUUCGGGUCACACCUUUGAUCGGAGCUCCAUUCAAAGAUGGAUUGACUCCGGCCACCGUACUUGUCCAAUUACCAAACUACCCCUCCCUGACCCACCUUCCCUCAUCCCUAACCACGCCCUUCGCAGCCUCAUUUCCAACUACGCACCCACCCAACUCACCCCAACUCGGUCUGACUCGGAGGGGUCUGGGUCUGACUCACUGAGUCAACUCGGUUCUCUAAUCUCGACGCUUAACUCGAGGGGUUCGACGGUUGAGGAGAAGGUUGAGUCGUUGGUUAGGUUGACGGGGUUGUCGAAGGCUAACCCGGGGUUCCGAGCGCGGCUCACUGAGUCGGGCGCAGUGUCUGCUGUGUUGAGGUGUGUUGACUCGGAUAAUGACCCGGGGUUGCAGGAGAAGGCGUUGUUGCUGUUGUUGAAUUUGAGUUUGGAGUCGGAUGAUAAUAAGGUAGGGUUGGUGGCGGAGGGGGCGGUGGCGAGGGUGGUUAGUGCGCUGGGGAGCACCGCCGCUGCGGUUGCGGCAACGGUGCUCACCAGCCUCGCUGUGGUGGAAGUGAACAAAGCGACCAUCGGGGCUCACCCCGGUGCGGUGAGGUGCCUUGUUCACCUCCUCCACACGGGGAGAGGAAGAGAGAGGAAAGAAGCUGCCACCGCGCUCUUUACUCUCUCUUCCUUCCCCGAGAACCGCCGCAGGACAGUCGACUGCGGGGCGGUCCCGAUUUUGAUCAGAAUGGCAAAAUCAGGACUCGAGCGAGCAAUCGAAGUGCUGGGAUUGCUCGCUAAGUGUAAAGAAGGGAGAGAAGAGAUAGUGAAAUGUGAUGGAGUUGUAGAGAUUUUGGUACAUUAUGUGAAAAAUGGGAGUUUAAGGGGGAUUCAAUAUGGAUUGAUGACAUUGAAUUUGAUUUGUUGUAGUAGUGAUAGAGUGAAGAAACAAGUAAAAAAUCAAGGAGUUUUGGAGAUUUGUUUUGGGUUAAUUCAAGAUGAUAAUGAGAAGAUUCAUAGGGUUGCUUCCAAUUUGGCUAAAGUUUUGCAAGAGAAUUAGCAAGAACAAACAUAAUUUGAGGUGAGUUGAUUUGGGAUUUAUUAAUGGGUCAACAAAGUUUACCCUUUUGAGAAUUGAGAUACUUCAAAUGUUGGUUUAAUUUUUAUACUAGUUCUUUUUGUUGUACAAAAGAGAAAAAGAAUAGAAGUUUUUUUUUUUUUUUUUUCAAUUUUGUUGUUGUAUCAAUCCUCAAUGUACAUUAUUUUGAUAAACAAUAUGGAUAAAGACCAAGGCUUCUUUGAAUUUUUGCAUUUUAUUACAUUAUUAAAGUACAACCUUGUUGCAAUGAUGCAAUCACUUCCUCCAAAGCUGCAAUUUUCAUUAUACACUAGAGUGGAGCCAGACAGCUAGGUACAACCGGAUAUAUAAUGAACUCUUUAGAGUCAUACACUGGGAGGUUUUAGGUUAAGUAGUUAUAAAUGGAAAUCAGUUUCAUCAUCAUUACAGGCUUACAGCACUAAUAUAAUUGAGGUUCUGGUAGUGAAAUUAUAAUCAAUUUCUUGCUUAAAUGAUCAUAACAUGGUGGGGGGAGCAAUUAACUAUAUUUGUUAAACUUAAUGAUAAAAUUAUCUAACUUAAGCAAAGUGUAUUCCAAUGUAAUCUUUCAUGAGUGUUUUUAAGGCAUUUGGAUUGUAGUUAAAAGGAUGGAUAUAAUUGUUUAAUUUUGAGAGUUUCUUUGUUGGUUCUAGUGCGGUUUAUUCAUUUGUUUUGGGUAAUAAGAAUAAAGAAAAGAAAA